CCGGUGCUUACCAAUUCUAAAAGCGGUUUGGAAAUGGUUUCAAUUCUCGAAAUCCUUCUUAAAUCCGUACCGUACAUUUUUUUAACAGCUAAAAAAUAUGUUUACGUUAAAGCUACAGAAGUAGUGCGAAUCAGUGCGUCUUUCUCUUAAUGGAGAGUGUUCCUCCCUAAUGUAUAUGGCUAAGCUCACAGGCAAGCAAAGAUGUUUAUUCUUUGAAUAAGUGCAGCUGAAGACUGCAUCAAACAAAAACAGGAGCUGCAAAGCUGUGCACUUAACGUGCGUAGUGCAAAUUUCACUGAACCUUCGUGAACUGAAGCGAACUCGUAGUCAGUGUACAGAAGCCACUGUUCUGUUAAAGUACAUUCAGUUUGUCCCUACGUGAAUGUAAGGCGAGCGUUUAUCCUUCGUAAGAACGUUCUCUUUUAUUUUUAGAUGAGCAAACGUACAAGAUUUUUACAUUUCCAAAUUUUAUACAAAUUGACGACCAACGAUACACGACGUCGGAUUUGUUUCGUCGUACUGAUUACUUUUACUACGGUGGUCGUGCUUGUUUCACAAAGAUAUUUUUGGAAGAUUUUGCAGCACAAUUUGAUCAAUACCGUACCAUCAUUCGAAAAAUUCUCUGACUAUUACAAUUUUAUGAGAAAAAAUGAAAAAUUGAAGUUGACACGUGAAAAUAUGGAAUUGGCUUAUUUUGUCUACCAAAGCAUUAAAUUCAAAAUCUUUGUGGGCUGUCCAAAAAUUGAUUUAUCUAAAUUAAAACGAUCAGAAUACAAUGAAUGGGUAUCUGAACAAUUUAAUGAAAAUUAUAAACAAUUUGUCUAUUUUUAGAUGAAUCAAAACAAUUCAAACCUGUGAAAAAAAUUGUACGUUAUGCAUUGUCGGUGACGCAUGCACAUUUGAAGUUUGAAGAUAUGCCAGAUUGUCUGCCAGCCGAGGAUAUUGAAGAAAAUUAUUUCACUGAAAUGAUACUUAGAUCGGGCACUGUCAAAAAGAUAGCUUAUCCAAGACUAUCGUGUACAACAUUAAAAUCUAUUGAACGUCGAACAAAUCCAAAUGGUUAUUUGCGUGCAUGCGGUUAUUCAGUAGUUGUAACAAACUGCAACGUUAUCGUUGCAUUUACUGAAUUAUUGCGCACCGAAACCGUUAAAGAAUUCAUAAAUUUAUUAUGCACAAUUAUUCGUAUUACACCAACUAUUUCAUCAUUUGUUUUUUAUGAUGACAUGUGCCAUGUAAUUAAACAUAUUAUACUCCAUUACAACACAUCAUCAAAAACGCCAAUUAGAAAAACAGAUGCUAUGGAUAUUUUGUAUGAAACAAAAUUUUUGAUUGACAAGUUCCAUUUCAAUAAUCACCAGGACAAAUGGUGUAAGGAAUAUCUUGAUUAUAAAAAUUAUCCAGAAACAGACAUCAUGAAUACACAAGCAGCCGACAGUGUUUUCGCUGGCUAA